GAAGGCUAUGAGAUUGUGCCUUGAGAAGCGUGUAGCAAGUAAGUGUUUUUGCAAGUGAGAAGAGUACUAAACGGCAGCUAUGCAUAGUGCUAUUUCAUCAAGAUCGACCAUUGUCUCCUCGUCCAGACCCUUGUCCUCCAGCAGAAGUCUGGUGGUCAGUAGUUCUUACCCCAAGAUAUCCACUGCUAGCACUACUUAUUCUGGUAUUGCGAGCUCUGGCCCUAGGAUCUCCAGUACCAGGUAUAGCACUAUUGGGUCUGCCCUUGGAGGAGCUGGUGGUUUCGGUGCAAGCAGCAGUUUUACCGUAAGUGGCAAUGCAGUUAUCUCCAACGAGAAAGAAACCAUGCAAGAACUCAACGAUCGACUGGCAAACUACCUGGAAACUGUUAGGAGACUUGAGAAUGCCAACAAACAGCUGGAAAUACAGAUCCGGGAGGCGAUGGAGAAAAGGGGUCCAAGUAUAAGAGAUUACAGCAACUACGAAAAAAUCAUUAAAGAACUGCGUGAUCAGAUUUAUGAUACUACAGUGGAUAGUGCCAGACUGGUCCUGGCUAUUGACAAUGCCCGCCUUGCUGCUGAUGACUUCAGAGUCAAGUGGGAGGCUGAGCUAGCCAUCAGACAGUCUGUUGAGUCUGAUAUUAAUGGUCUUCGAAAGGUCAUUGAUGAUACUAAUAUGGGCCGUCUGCAGCUGGAGAGUGAAAUAGAAUCCCUCAAGGAAGAACUUAUCUUUAUCAAGAAGAACCAUGAAGAUGAAGUCAUGGCUCUGAGGAAUCAAGUGAAUAGCUGUGGUGUCCAGGUGGAUGUAGAUGCCCCCAAGGGAACUGAUUUGGCAGAAAUUAUGGCCUCACUUCGAGCAGAAUAUGAGGCCUUGAUGAGCAGGAACAAAGAUGAUGCAGAACGCUGGUACCAAAGUAAGGUUGAAACCUUCCAGGUAGAAACUUCACAGAACACAGAAGCACUCCAGACCGCCAAGACAGAACUAAGUGAUCUGCGACGCAGAAUUCAGUCUCUGGAGAUUGAACUAGAGUCUAACAGAAGUAUGAAGGCAUCACUUGAAGAUACACUAAGGGACACAGAACUGCGUUAUGCCAUGGAAAUGGAAAAACUUGGUGCCCUCAUUGGCAGAAUUGAGGCAGAACUUGCACAGGUUCGCACUGACAUGCAGAGACAAGCACAGGACUAUGAGGUGCUGCUAAAUGCAAAGAUGAAGCUGGAAGUAGAAAUUGCUACAUACAGACGCCUGCUGGAAGGACAGGAUUCUGAUACACUAAGUUUGCAGGAUGCCUUGUCAGCUAUGAAAGUUGGCAAUGUCCAGACUGUGCAGAGAGUUACAGUGACGACACAGAAGCUGGUAGAUGGAAAGGUUGUAGAAGAUUCUACUGUAACUGAGACAAAGUAAAGCUUCAUGGCUUCAGAUGGAGGAAUCUAACCCAUUAUGGAAUAUUGAAUAGCUUGUCAUUCCUUUUUCACUAAUCACUCCCUUUUCCCUUUAAUUUACUAAAAUAAAAAAAAAAAUUUGCUUAA